UUCUUGUAUUUCCUGUUAGAGGGGUAAGAGACAGUAACAGAGUUCAUCAUCGGGUUGUCUAUCUGCUGUAGACAUGCGAUGGACAGCAGCACGGUCUCAUUGUUGUCGCCUCUUCCCACUCUUCGUUUUCUUUCAUCUGAAAAAUUAACUCCUACCUUUUACGUCCUUCCUCCUCACAACCAUUUUCUCAAACACUUCUCCUACGCCACUAACCUUAAUCGCAACUCCAAAUUCAGAACUCCAGAAGCCGUUCUCGAUACCUCUCCCAUAACCCCAACAGCGCUCACCACUCCCUCUCUCAGAGAAUUAUGCCAACCUUACGUUCCUCAACAUAUAUUGCAAAGGAUGGAAGAGAUUGGAUAUGUAAUGCCCACAGAUAUCCAGAGGGAAGCUUUGCCUUAUCUUUUUUCCGGGCGUGACUGCAUUCUUCAUGCUCAGACAGGUUCUGGGAAGACACUCACAUACCUGCUUUUGAUUCACUCCCUCAUUAAUGCUGCAAAAUCCUCUGUGCAAGCCCUAGUUGUUGUGCCCACCCGGGAACUCGGAAUGCAAGUCACCAAGGUCGCCAGGACAUUGGCUGCAAAGCCAACUGGAGUUGAUGGGGAGCACAAGUCAUGUUCCAUCAUGGCUCUGCUAGAUGGAGGAACACUAAAAAGACAGAAGACUUGGUUAAAGGCAGAGCCACCAACAAUAGUGGUUGCAACAGUUGGGAGUUUAUGCCAAAUGCUUGAAAGACAUACUUUUUCGCUUGAAACUGUGCGUGUGCUGAUUGUUGAUGAGGUUGACUGUAUUUUCAAUUCUUCAAAGCAAGUGAGUUCUCUUCGAAAGAUUUUGACUUCAUAUUCAUCUUCCAACAACCGUCAGACGGUCUUUGCCAGUGCAUCUAUACCACAGCAUAACCGAUUUAUUCAUGACUCUGUGCAGCAAAAAUGGACAAAGAGAGAUGUGGUCCAUAUUCAUGUCAGUGCAGUGGAGCCCAUGCCAUCUCGCCUAUAUCAUAGAUUUAUAAGAUGUGAAACCAAAAGAAAAUUACAAACCCUGUUAUCCUUGUUACAAUCUGAUGCACCUGAGUCUGGCAUUAUAUUUGUUGCUGAGCAGUCUGAGAAGUCCAAAAAGGCUGGAAAGGCUCCAUCAACGUCCCUUCUGAUUGACUUUUUGAAGACAUCAUACCAAGGUGAUUUGGAUGUCCUCCUCCUUGAAGACAAAAUGAAUUUCAAUUCACGAGCAGCUUCACUGCUUGAGGUUAGAAAAGGAGGUGGAUAUCUUCUUGUAGCAACAGAUAUAGCUGCUAGGGGGGUUGACCUUCCAGAAAUGUCUCACAUUUACAACUUUGAUCUGCCAAGGACUGCAGUUGAUUAUCUUCAUCGAGCAGGCCGAACAUGUAGGAAGCCUUUUUCUGACAUCAAUUGUACUGUUACCAGCAUUAUUGUUCCAGAUGAGCGAUUUGUUCUGCAGAGAUAUGAAAAUGAGUUGAUGUUUGACUGUGAAGAACUUAUUAUUCCAUAAACCUUGGCUGAAGUUUCAUAUUUUAAUCUGAUCGACAAUAAAUAUGUUGUGCUUCAAA